AUGGCCAUCCUUUUCAGUUCCCCGGGCCUGGCGCCCAUGGCGGGGCUCUUGGCUUUGCUGAUGUGGCGCCUGGCCGCAGCCUACAGCCCAGUGGCCGCCGAGUGUGCCAGGAUGGUCUCUGUUUUAAACGGCCCUGUGGUCGCCCACUUGCUGGAGUGUUUGGAGGGCCGGGAGUACCUCAGAACCUUUGGCCAGCAGGGGAAAGCGGUGACCCAUGCUCUCUGGGUCUUGGAAGCCAGUGCCAGGGCUCAGAUCCUCAACAUGGGCUUACAGCGAUGGUUUGCCCUGCAGCUGGAGCUCAUCGGCGGUGCCAUGCUGCUCUGCGUCUCUGUGAUGAUCGUCUUGCAGACAGACGCACACCUGGGCAUGUCCGGUCUCUCCCUCACAUACGCGUUGACAUUGACAGCCCUCGCCAAGUACCUGGUGAACUACAGCACCCGGGCUUCUGCGCAGAUGGCCUCCGUAGAGAGACUUCUGGCUCUCUCCUCACUUCGCUCUGAGGAGGCCCGGAAGAAAGGGCUUAGGAGUUUAGGAAGGCUGAGGGUCCAGGGUUUUAGGGUCAUGUAUGGCUUUAUGUUGCUUUAUGGGCUCCUGCACUAUAGUGACUCGAAGAGUGUCGCAUUCCUGGGGCUUAGGUCUUAUAAGGGAACAAGAUGGCGGGGGCUACUGUGUAAUUAA